UGCAGGUGGAUGUGAGAGGCAGAGGACAGAGUUUGAUGCACCAUGGCUUCCACACUGGCGCUCCUGCUUCAGCUGCUCCUGGUCUCACUGGCGUCUGCAUCACAUCACUUUGGGGGAACCGUGACCUUCACCUACAAAGGAAGAAACCCUGAUGGCACAUUUAAGGUGGACAUUCGCAACAGGGCGACCUACGAUGGGUGUCAGUAUUCCCACAGCUGGAAUUGCUACUCCGGCAACUGUGGCCAAAAUACCAGAUAUCAGAGAGGCGUACUUGACAGGAGCACCAAUGCACCACAAUAUAACAGCCAAUGGUGUGAAACUGAAACCGUCAUUAGGAGAAAUGUCCCCAGUGACAGACCUUUUCAAAUGAGUGCUGCUAGCUGUUGUUGGAUCCCGACUCGUAACUCGGUUGAUAAUUGGAAUCUACUGACACAUGUGGAUUUGGGAACAAGAUCUGACACUGGAAAACCAAACAGAUCACCGGACAUUGCCAUUCUACCUUUCCUACGAGUGCCUCAGAACUGCCCACGGACAUACAAGCUGAUUUCCUUUGAUCCUGAUGGUGACCAAGUCCGAUGCAGAUAUGGAAAUAAUCCAGGAACAGAGUGCAGCAGGUGUGACCAACCUUCAGGCUUCCACUUAGAUCAGGGCUCUUGCACAUUACACUACAACUACGCCAGUGCCAACCCCAGCGUUUAUGGAUUUGAGAUGGUGGUGGAGGACUUCCCUAAAAGAAGCAUCACUGUGGCCUACACCGACGGAUCCACAUCCCUCAGGGCUCCACUGUCUAUGAGGAGAAAGAGAGCAGCUCCCACAUACUCGUCAUGGUAUCCCACAACCACUGCACCAGCACCAACCACAAUCCCAUGGUGGUGGCAUACUACAACCACAACACCGACCACAACAACAGCCCCGACCACAACCGCAGCACCAACCACAACCCCAUGGUGGUGGUGGUACACUACAACUGCAGCACAGACCACAACCCCAUGGUGGUGGCAUACUACAACCACAACACCGACCACAACAACAGCCCCGACCACAACCGCAGCACCAACCACAACCCCAUGGUGGUGGUGGUACACUACAACUGCAGCACAGACCACAACCCCAUGGUGGUGGCAUACAUCAACCGCAGCACCGACCACAACAACAGCCCCGACCACAACCGCAGCACCAACCACAACCCCAUGGUGGUGGCAUACAUCAACCACAGCACCGACCACAACCACAGCACCGACCACAACCGCAGCACCGACCACAACCACAACCACAGCACCGACCACAACCACAGCACCGACCACAACCACAACCACAGCACCGACCACAACCACAGCACCGACCACAACCACAUCACCGACCACAACCGCAGCACCGACCACAACCACAACUACAGCACCGACCACAACCGCAGCACCGACCACAACCGCAGCACCGACCACAACCGCAGCACUGACCACAACCGCAGCACCGACCACAACCACAACCACAGCACCGACAACAACCGCAGCACCGACCACAACCACAACUACAGCACUGACCACAACCACAACCACAGCACCGACCACAACCACAACUACAGCACUGACCACAACCACAACCACAGCACCGACCACAACCACAGCACCGACCACAACCCCAUGGUGGUGGUAUACUACAACUACUCCAGAACCUACUACAACCACCCCAAUCUACACUACCACCACGACACACCUGCAUGCCUCCACUGCUCCUCUCAGUAAACUACCUUUGCAGUUCUCUUUACUUGUGGACCCAGCUGCUCCCUCGUGUCAAGAGGGACUCUACCUGCCAAAGUUUGUGUCCCCAACACCUAAAAACGGAGAACACAUCCAAGCAGAGGUCAACAAAGAAGUGGAGAUAAAAGUCAAAGCCCAAGCUUCAUACGCAACAAUACACGAUAUCAUCAUCAGUGGACCGCUGAACAUCAGCAAACACAAGCACCAUGACGAGUUUGUCAUUCGCUGGACGCCUACCGUAGAUGACCUGGGAGAUCAUUACGCAAUCUGCUUCGCUGUUGAAGCAGUGACAGGGGCUGCUGUGACCGGCUUUCAACCCACACACCAUUCCCAUUACCACCCCACCCCAACCUCACAGUCUGGCAUCUAUCAGUCUGAGAUGAGGUGUGUUGUAGUGGACAUUGGGAAGAAACAAGUUGAAGCCAAUGUGAUUUGCACGGAGUCUACAAUGAGGGUCGAGGUUGAGAAAUCUUCAUUUGCUGGACUCCACGAGGAUCAUUUGCGGCUUAGUGACUCCACCAACAACGACUGCAGCCUCCAGAGACACUCCAACAGCACUCACAUCAUCGCUGUGAUCCCGCUCAACGCUUGUGGCACUCAGAUUGAGGAAGACGAAGACAACCUAAUGUUCAAGAAUGAAAUCACCACAGUCGACAACAGCGCUGACCUGAUCACUAGGAAACACCUGCUGGAAGUGCAGUUCUACUGCCAGUACCCCAAACGGGGGAAUGUGACACUGGGGUUCACAGCACACAGGAAGAACAUCACAGUCUGGGAGAAAGGCUUCGGCACAUUCACAUACCAGUUUGAGUUUUAUCCCAACGGCCAAUUCGAAACCAUGAUUGAUCCGGAUUCAUACCCUCUGGAGUAUGACAUAGGGGACAGGAUUUACAUGCAGAUAGAGGCCACCUCCUCCUCAGUCAACAACACCGAGCUGUUCGUGGAGUCCUGCACAGCUGCACCAUAUGACAACCCCAACUACUGGCCAACCUACCCCAUCAUUGAGAAUGGGUGUAAAGUGGACUCAACUGUUAAAAUCCAUUCCUCCGAUCACAAGGGCCAAUUCAGGUUCUGUGUGGAGGCCUUCAAGUUCAUCGGCUUGCAUGACCAGGUGUACAUCAGCUGUUCAGUCAUGAUGUGUGAAGCAGGGGACUCCGGCACCAGGUGCUCGCGGGGAUGCAUCAACUCCACAUGGUCAGGCGGUCACCAUCACCGCCGAAAGAGAGAGGUUGUCAGCCAGACUGCAAGGCACCUGGUUUCCCAGGGUCCUCUCCGCCUGAAGAGAUCGGCAGAGCUCACCGAAAGCCCAAUGAACCUGAACCUGAAUGUGAACCUGGUGUUCAUCGCUGGAUGUCUUCUUGCAGCUGUUGGUAUGAUCAGUGCAGUGGUCGUGUACAAAGCCAAAGUGUCAGGGGUCAAAUACCAACCUCUGCCCGUAUUCGAAAGUUAAGACAGCAGCAUGAGCAAAAUACCAAUCCAGAAUUAUUGAUUGAUUGAUUGAUUAAUUACUUUUACUAUCAGAUAUUGGGUGUUUGUGUAUCUAACUAUCAGGGUUCAGAGGUUUACUUUAAAAAUGUAAUUCAAUACAAUUACUUGUAUUGCCUGUUAAAAAAUGUAGUUGACAACCUUAUCGAAGUAUCACAAUAUUAAAGUAAUGUAACUUUUCUGUUACUCAGUGCCAAAUAUGCAGAUAAAGACAAUUCUGUAAGACAACAGAACAAUGUAACCUUAGAAAAGAAAAUGGAAACCAAGAUUUUUAGCAUCAAAACGUCUUCUUUACUGUGAAGCUGUUCCACUUUUCUGCUUUAAAGACAAAAUACUGCAUUGUACAUGUGCAUGGUAGUAAAUUGUACUUAUUAAGGCCCAAACAGGAACUGGUUAUUAUUAUUAUUAUUAAUAUUAUUAUUAUUAUUAUUAUUAUUUUAUUACUCAAUUAUUGCAUUUGUAGCUGCCCCAACCAGCUCUAAACUCAGAAAAUGUGCCACAAAAUUGGGUGAAAAUGUACGUAUUCUAAGGGUCUUGCAUAUGGGCAUAGCAAAAUGGCUCGACAGCGCCCCCUAAAGGCACAUUUUACUGAUAUUUUGAAAUUGUAAUCCUGCUUACAAUCCUCCAUUUUAACCGAAUGUAACUUUUUUUUCUCUAACUGUAUCCUGAUUACAUAACUCUGUUACAUGUUAUCUGUUUCUCCCCAAUACUGCGAAUGAUGUGCUCAUUUAAAUGAGUGAAUUAUAUAUCAGCGUCUUUCGAAAUGUCUACAGCUGUAAUCACUAACAGGAUGAUCACCUAGCACUCCAGCUGCUGUGCGAUCCCGUGUGGCUUUAAAAGAGAUUCUACUAUUGUGUUUUACAGUAUAAUUUAAAACAAGUAACUUGAUUUAUAUGUCCAAGCAUAAUCUUUGCUCUGUCAAAUACCACCUUUACAUGUCAAAAGCAUACAGCUAGACCAAAUUCUAUUAUGUUUACUUUUUUAAUGGAUCAAUAAAAACAUACAGAAAUCA